GAGCGGAGGGAGGGAAGGGUGAUCUCCUGGGUCAUGCUGUGAUCCCCCCUGGGUGUGGAGUGAGGGAUGUUUGGGAGCAACACCUCCUCUCUUCCCCUCUUUUUCAUCUUCAUUUCAAGCCUCGCCCGCCAUUGCAUGCAGCCUCUUCUUCCAUUGCAAGUGCUCCCUGCUGAAUCGCAAGCCCUUGUUUGCAUUGCAGUCCCCUCACUGAUUGCAUCACACCAUCUGGUUAAAUUGCACUCCUCAGAUGUAUUAAAUUCCCGUGUUUGCAUUGCAACCUCCUCAUUUACAGUGCUGUGUCGUCGUCUCCCAUCCCCAACCAACUCCCCCCAACCUGUCCCCUGCCCCCCGCCUGCCCGUUUACACUGCCAUCUCUUUUGCAUUGCACUGCGGGGUUGUGUUGCAAACCUCUUCCCCUCCAGGCUUUACUGUAUCCUGCCAGUUGCACUGUAGACCUGCCUGCUGCUGCAUGAACUGAGUGUGGGGAGUUUUGAGGAGUUCCCUCAUUUCCCUAUGUAACAAACAACCCCCCCACCCCCGUGAUGUUUUUUGGUGUGUUUUGGAGGUAGGUUCUCCUUGUUGCCCCACUGUUGGGGCUGGAGGGGCAGUUCAGCCUCCUGCAACAAUAGAUGGGAGCUUGGGGUGGAAGCCCUUUGCAAGGAGAUGCUGUGCUCAUUGCAGGGAGACACUGAGGCAUGGGUGGGAGAGGGGACAUGGCAUAGAGCCACUAGCCCCCACUGAAGCAGGGCAUCCCAUCACAGCACACCAUCAAGUAUCCUGGGGUGAGCCAUGCAGCAAGUCCUCGACAACCUCCUGGGCCUCCCCAGCGCCCCAGGUGCUGCUGACCUUGACCUCAUCUUCCUCCGCGGCAUCAUGGAGAGCCCAAUAGUAAGGUCUUUGGCAAAGGCCCACGAACGACUGGAGGAGACAAAACUGGAGGCAGUGCGGGAUAACAACUUGGAGCUGGUGCAGGAGAUCCUGCACGACAUUGGGCACCUGGUGCAGCAGGACAGUACAGCAGCCGAGCUGGCCCGCAUCCUGCGUGAGCCCCACUUCCAGUCCCUGCUGGAGACCCAUGACUCAGUGGCCUCCAAGAGCUAUGAGACACCCCCGCCCAGCCCUGUCCUGGAUCCAACCUUCAGCAACCAGCCUGUGCCCCCCGACGCUGUGCGUAUGGUGGGCAUUCGCAAGACGGCUGGGGAGAACCUGGGAGUGACGUUCCGGGUGGAGCGGGGGGAGCUGGUGAUUGCCCGCAUCCUGCAUGGGGGCAUGGUGGCCCAGCAGGGCCUGCUGCACGUAGGGGAUGUCAUCCGGGAGGUGAAUGGGCAAGAGGUGGGCAGCAACCCACGGGUGCUGCAGGACAGCCUGCGCCAUGCCAGUGGUAGCGUCGUCCUCAAGAUCCUGCCCAGCUACCAGGAGCCACACCCGCCCCGCCAGGUCUUUGUGAAGUGCCACUUCGACUAUGACCCAGCUUCCGACAGCCUCAUUCCCUGCAAGGAGGCCGGGCUCCGCUUUUCCGCCGGAGACCUUCUGCAGAUCGUCAACCAGGAUGAUCCCAACUGGUGGCAGGCAUGCCAUGUAGAAGGAGGCAGUGCGGGGCUUAUCCCCAGCCAGCUGCUGGAGGAGAAGCGAAAAGCCUUUGUGAAGCGAGACUUGGAGGUGGCCUCCACAUCUGCAGGAGCCCUGUGCAGCAGCCUCAGUGGGAAAAGGAAGAAGAGGAUGAUGUACCUGACCACAAAGAAUGCCGAGUUUGACCGCCAUGAGCUUCUGAUCUAUGAGGAGGUGGCCCGCAUGCCACCUUUCCGAAGGAAAACCCUAGUGCUUAUCGGUGCCCAGGGUGUGGGGCGACGCAGCCUCAAGAACAAGCUCAUCAUGUCCGACCAAGCACGCUACGGCACCACCAUCCCUUACACGUCACGGAAGCCCAAGGACAGCGAGAAAGAUGGGCAUGGGUACCACUUCGUAUCACGGGGUGAGAUGGAGGCAGACAUCAAGGCAGGUCACUAUCUGGAGCACGGCGAGUAUGAGGGCAACCUCUAUGGCACCAAGAUUGACUCCAUUCGUGCUGUGGUGAACGCUGGCAAGAUGUGCAUCCUGGACGUCAACCCACAGGCAGUGAAGGUGCUCAGGACGGCAGAAUUUGUGCCCUAUGUGGUGUUCAUUGAAGCUCCCAGCGCUGAAACCCUGCGGGCCAUGAACCGUGCAGCACUGGAGAGUGGCGUGGCUAUCAAGCAACUCUCGGAGGCUGAUGCCCGGCGGACAGUAGAGGAGAGCAGUCGCAUACAGCAUGGCUACAGCCAUUACUUUGACCUGAGCCUGACCAAUGACAACCUGGAGCACACCUUUGGGCAGCUGCGUGAGGCCAUGGAGCACCUGCGCGCCGAGCCCCAGUGGGUGCCUGUCACCUGGGAGACGGUGCCACCAUGUGGUCCUUGCCCUUGCCUCAGUUUCUCCACGCAGGAGCCUCUAUAUUCCGGUAACACCCAGAAGAUCCCUACCCUGUAAGCGGCCCGCAAUUAACUCUGUAAUUAAUGAUCUCCACAGGGGAGCUGCCCUGGGGUGAACUCAGGGGACAGGGAGUCUCAGAUGCACACAUGUGAAUAGAUGGGCAGGCCUAGGCUGGUGGCUCCGUAUUGCUUCCCCCCUGCCCUCUUUGUCCCCCUGCCCAAGCCUGCAGGGACACACUGAGGUCCCUAUGCCCCCUGCUCCAGAUUGAUCCUCUGUGGUACUUUGCUGUAAUUUUAUUAUUAAAGAGAAAUUAGAGAAAAAGAGUAAUUUUGUGUC